UUUUUGUCAUUAGAUAUUUCUUAUACAAUCUGUUUUUAACCUUAAUUAAAGAACGCACAACAAAGACAAUUUAUUGUACUUUAUUCUCUUAAUAUACAGAUUAGAUCAUCCUGUCCUACAUGUGUCAUGGAAUGAUGCGGUGGCGUUUUGUUCCUGGCUUGAUAAGCGCCUUCCCACUGAGGCAGAAUGGGAAUUUGCUUGUCGAGGUGGAUUGCAGAAAAAGUACGACAUGCUAUAUUUUUUAAUUCAAUUCUAUUCAAUAAAUAGUUGGGAAUCAAUUUCUUGAAUGAGAAGAAAGUUGUAAUUGAUUACGAUAGUGUCUAUACAUAGACGUAUGAAAUCAAGUUAUGUUAUUCUUCUGUAUAGGAUGUUUCCCUGGGGUAAUACUUUUAAAGUGAAAGGAAAACAUCAAUGUAAUACUUGGCAAGGAGAAUUUCCUAUUUUCGACAAUGCUGAGGACGGUCACGCAGGACCGGCACCUGUAUGGACAUUUAAACAGAAUGAUUUUGACCUUUAUAAUAUGGUCGGUAAUGUUUGGGAAUGGACAGCUGAUUGGUGGAGCAUCAGACAUUCGCAAGACUUUCAAGAAAAUCCCGUACGUAAAAUAUUUGCAAUCAUAUCCUGUGUGUGAAUAGUUUUCAGAUUGAUAGAGAAAUCGGUCUUUAUGACCAAAUCUUCUCUUCGUCGCAGAGGUUUUACUUUAAAAUACCCGAAAAAUGAGGAGGUUUCAUAAAUUCUGAAAAUGGAUAGAACUUCGAAUUGAAUUGUACACCAAUUGUGAUGAUCACCCCAGUAUGACGACUUGCCUUAAUUAUAGUCGGGAUUAAAAAUAAAAAUCUCUCCGCGUUUACUGAAGCCUCAUUAAGUAAAAAUCAGCAAAGACCAAAGCAUAAGAAUAUCUAAUUUUAUAAUGCAAAACUAAAAUAUGUAAAUUGUUACUGAUAUAAUCUUUUUAAAUAAAGAAAGACACACAAUAAAUAAAUUUAUUAUCAGCAUGACAAAAUUACUGGAUGCUGAUUGGUUGAGAGGAGUACAAUUAUUUCAUUAAUUGUACUGCAGUACAAUUAAUGAUUUUCCCAAAACAAACAAAAUGUCGGUAAGGUAUCAUAAACACAAAUGUGAAAUGAAAUUGCCCUAGAGGAACAAAUGCACCAAACACGAACAAAAGCACCAAAUUUUGCUUUACCAAAAGAACUAAAUGAAAAUACGAAAAAAGCACCAAAUUUUGGUUGAAAGUCUGGCAGGAUUGGGCUUUGGCGAGAGAAUCCAAUUGGGCUUUGGCGAGAGAAUCCAUGCUAAUGAUGAAACAAGUAAUCAUGCGAUGUUGCUCGUACAAUUAGAGAUUAAUAGCACUCGUGAUGUUUGGAAAUUUGCCAAAUUGGACUCGCCCCGGCGGCUCGUCCAAUUUUGGCAAUAUUUCCAAACAUCACUCGUACUAUUAAUCCCUAAUUGUACUCGCCAUCGCAUGAUUACCUAUACAAAUUGACCGAAAUUAAAUAUUUAUGUAGAUUGGUCCUAUUACUGGUCAAGACAAAGUGAAGAAAGGAGGAUCCUACAUGUGCCAUAAGGUAAAAUUUUCUGAGCAACACCAGGGGGCAGAUCUGGCCUCAUUUGUUAUUGGGGAUGGAGGUUUCCCAGAAGAGGGUGCACGAGGGUCUGGAAGACCCCCUUAAUUGAAAUUUGAAACCCUGAUAUGCCAUUUCCUCCAUUAUGGGAAAUACAUUUAUAUUGGAAUUAAUUGGUUUUCGUGGUUUAAUAAACCACUGUACAUUUAUUUUCAACCUUUAAAUAACAGCGUGGAAAGUAAAAGAAAAAGGGUGGCGUGACCUAAAAGUUCAAAGUACUUGGUCAUACGGGAUGACGUCACAUUUCUAUUUUUCGCAACAUUAACUAUAUUUAUUGACAAUUUGUUCUUUAAAUUUGUUCUCACGGUACUAGAGGCAAAAAUCAAGAAAAUAUGUUCCACACUGGAUGAUGAUCGUCUUAACCCAGCGGUGAAAAGGAAAAUUUAAAGUGCCCCUGACACAAAAAUUUUUUUCAGUCUAUUGAAAGUACUCAUUUAGUAUAGUGUUCUAGCGAAAGAAUUUUUCGAUUUCAUCAAAACGAAAAAAUUUUAGAGCCGUUUGAACACGCAAAAUUUGGGCUUUCGGUUGGCAGGCGUCCGUGUUCGAAGAAAACUGGAACGAGCGAUUUUUGUUACGUCACGCAAGUGAGUCGGUGUAUAUUCUAUUAUUCGACUAUACUAGCACUAUCAACUCUCGGCGGAUAUAUAGGUAGAUUUGUGAUCGAAAAAGAUAUGCCUUUUUACUGUGUUGCAGCUAACUGUACCAAUAAGGGACCGGUCAUUAUUUAUGGCAGGGGUGGGGGCCGAAGAGAAAGUAUAAUGAAGCCGGAAAAAAUCAUUACCCACCUUUUUCGAAACAAAAUUUCUAGCUACCCCACCGGUGGAAUGCCAGAAAAUUUUUUUACCCCACCCAAACCUAUUUUGUUGCAAUGUCAAAGGUUCAGACAUAAAAUAUGUAAUGAAACAGUUUAGUAUUUUGUAUGCGUAUUACUCAUCAAGGUACAAAAUUGCCCUUGAUGAGUAAGAUCAUCUGCUGUUAGAGAGUAAAUAAUUAUUAUUAUAGGGUGCUUUGACCACAGUGGACAUUAUAAUUAAAAGGGAAUAGGAUUGAUUGGUAAUACUUGUUUAGCAAUAUCCCUUGCCCCUUAUUUCUUGUGGAGUAAUUAAAGCACACAACAGUCAUGCCUUUAUUAUGGGUUAGCCCUACAAUAGCAAUUAAGGUACUAUAUAAAGAAUUAUAGUUAUCUGAAGGCUUAAAAUUUGUCUACUUGUAAAAUUUAAAUAUGAAUGGGUUUUUAUAGUUUGUAUUCAACGCUAUAUUCCCUUUUCACGAGAUAGUGCAAUAUGCUAGUCCCAUGCAUAAACAUAUAUUUAUUUUUUUAACCAUAUGCUUCAAUAUUUUAGAACACUAACCGUAUUUCACCAUCUCUUUCCCACUUUAAAGUUUCACUGUAUAUAAUUUGGUUUCUUUCACAUUCUUGCAUUUUUGUAUUAAUUAAAAUGCAAUUUUAUUUUGAAACAGUUUCACAAAAUAUGUGCUCACCCAUGAUUGCAACUAUCUAAGUUCUAAAAUUUCCUCUGAAAUUCCUUUAAUAUUUCCUUACUAUAGACAAUCACAUGUAUUAUCAUGGAAUUUUAAAGGAAUUCCUUAAGAAUUCCCAAGGAAUUAUUGAAGUUUAUGAAAUCAAUUUAAUAUUUUAAUUCGUAAACAAUACAACGAUACUAAUUUGUCCCAUGUGAGAAUAUCUGAAUUUAGAAAGUUACUGUAAAUUAAUGAGAAAAAGUUGCUGUUAUACAGUAUGAAGAUAAAGAUAUUCAUCCGAAUUCCAAGUAUGAUUAUGUAAACAAUUAAAUUAAUCUGUAAAACGGGUAAAUAGACUUCUCUUAUUUUAUCUAUGUAUACAUGAUCUGCUAGUAAAGAAAAACAGCUAGUUGCCAAAGGCUAGAGAUGAACAUAUUGUGAACUAGCCAUUGGAAUGAUUCUCCAGAUUCACAAGGGGCAUGGGGCAUAUUUCAUGAUUUGCUACCUGAAUUGUCCACAUGGUUUACAAGCACAUACUGGAUAUCAAUAUUAGUUAUGCAGUAUCAAGUGUAGAUGCCCAAAAAUUAAAUCCUGAAAAUUUAAUAGACUGUACAUAUACUUUUUGAGAUAUGUAAUAAGAGGAUGUUUAUAUGGGGGUGAGGCUGGAUGCCCGGGGUUAGGGGCUACAGACUUAAGGUCACUUUUCCUGAAGCAAGAUCUUGGGCUAAAGGGGUGGGAUCUCGCUUAGCUAUACAACCCUCGAAAUUCACCUCGGCACUCGGCAAUUGCCGACGCAAAUGCCGAGGGAAGUUACGAUUUUUCAUAGUUUGCCUCGGCAAAAAAAUGCCGAGGCAAUUCCACCCGUUGUACCUUAAAUUACAAACUACAGCGUCUGUUCGUUUUCCCCCUUAAAUUUAGAAACUACAGUGUUUGUUUUUUGUAUUACUUCUUUGUUCGAAUUGUUGUCAUCGACGUCAAAUGAACAACAGAAUAUUUCAUUCAUAGCUACUUUACAAAACAUUUAAAUUUGAGCUUUUCAGCGUCGGCUUCGGUUGAAAUGAAGAACAAUCUUGAUGGUUUAAAGAAGGCACGUCAAGAAACUUUGUUUUAUCUUUUAGACUGUUGCGUGAUUACCGUCAAGUUUAUUCUUUCAUACAAUUGGUUGUUAAUUACCACUAACUUUUUAAAAACAUUUUGAAUCAGGAAUUUGUAAAAUAACAACAAAUUGUCAAACGUCAGAAUCUACGCUCGUUAUAAUAUUUGUUUACAAUAAUUUCUGUAUGUACUUUACUUUAAUUACAACUGCGACGUGAAUGCCGAAGUAAUUGCCGAAGUAAUUGCCGAAGGAAUUUAAGGUGAUUUCAUUGCGUGCCUCGGCAAAAAAAUUGCCGAGGCAUUGCCGAGGCAAACUCGAAAAUUAUCGGAAGACUUCGGCAAUUAUUUGCCGAGGCAAAAAUAGUUGAAUUUCGAGGGUUGCUAUAGCUGGGCCCGCUCUUUACCCAUAUAUACACAAGGUGAACUUUAGUAAGAAAUAACAACAAAGGCAGGAUCUUGCCAAAACUGGGCCAGCUUGGGUACCCUGGGGAUGGCUUGCAGUUGCACCAUAUAAACAGCCCCUAUAUAUAGGCAGUAUAUAUUUUGUCUGGUAAUUGGAGUCUUUGAGAUUUUGUGUGUAAAUGAAUAUAAAAAUGACCCUUUACGGGUGGGUUGAGGGGGGUGUUUCUGUCAACAUUUUGGAAAGCAAUAAUAUUUUAUUAAAAAAUUAGAAUAAUCACAUAUUAAAUUCUGAUAAUAGUAUAUAUUGUAUUGUGUGUGAUUAAAGUAAGGUUAUUUUUUUUUACCCCACCUCUGCAUGCAAGGAUUUUUUGGCCACCCCACCUAAAGCAACUAUUAUUUUUCAGUUACCCCACCAUUUUCUCUUCGGCCCCCACCCCUGCCAUAAAUAAUGACCGGUCCCUAAAGCAUAUUUAAAAGAUGGAAUAAGUCUACACAAUAUUCCAUACUUCAAUGACGAACACGCGGAAGCCAAAAGACGAAGAAAAGUGAAUUGUAUGGUAGUAAUUUUGUCUUCAUAGCAUGCACCGAACGUACCGGAGAUAUGAACCUUGCAAAGUCAUAGAACGUCUACGUUAGUAGGAAGCUUAUUAAAGAUGCGCCAAAUCUGAGACAUGGCGCGACUAAAAAACAAUCGCUAAUAUAAAUGGGAGACUAGUUUUACUUUGUUUUUCUCGUGUCCCUGACUUUGUUUACCAACAACAGUUUUUAUCCGUGAAGUGAAACUGUGAUAAUAGCGGCAGUUUUUCGUCACGUCCGCGUCGCAGAUUUGGUAUUAAUGAUACCACUAGAGACCUGACGAGAUGCUACAGAUCAGCAUCUUCCAAUACAACAUAUUAAGUAUUAACCAGGUAUAAAAUUCGCUCCGGAAUCAUCGGACUGAUUCUGUUGAUUCUAUUGACAUGAUACUUUAUAGAACUUAGAAUAUAAAAAGUUAAACACUUCAGCGAUCAAAACCUUCGAGCUGAUUAAAACAGAUAACUUAACAGGCAUCAAGAUUCGACUCACUUGCGUAUAAAUGCUAGUGCCAGACUUCUGUCGCCGACGGCCAUUAGCCAAAAAUAUUUGGAUUCAAACGGCUCUAAAAUUUUUUCGUUUUGAUGAAAUCGAAAAAUUCUUUGGCUAGAACACUACACUAAAUGAGUACUUUCAAUAGACUGAAAAAACAUUUUUGUGUCAGGGGCACUUUAAUUAUUUUGUUGAAAUAAUCUUGAAACAGCAGAAUAUCAGCUUUUGCGACAUGAGCACACAUCCGAUGCGGAUAUGUACUGUAGUAUAGUAUACUCCUAACAUGCAUGAAGUACCUAUGAUAGUGGUCGUAUGCAAUACAUAACGCCAAUAAUUCGCGAUGUAUAACUCGUAUGAUUCGUAAUGUAUAUAUGGAGUAUACGCGGGUAUACUGAUUGAUCCUCGCUGAAAUUAAUGCGCUUAACGUAUAGGCUAACACUGUCUACAUGGUUACAGCACUACAGCGACCCGCCAUAUUAGUGCUUGAAUAUUUUCUUGCGUACUCGAAAAUCAAUCUUUCAAUACCAGAGUUUUCGUCAAGGGGGUGGUGGACACCAGUAGGAGUAGUGCGCAUACCUCUGUAGAUCCGCCUCUGAGCUGCACUUUGUUUGCUUGUGGCAGUCAUAGUAUUAACGUUAUAUAUUUUCUUUAUAUAUAUAGUCGUUUUGCUACAGAUACAGAUGUGCCGCAAGGAAUAAGAACACUCCAGAUAGCUCGGCGUCAAACCUUGGAUUUCGCUGCGCCAAGGAUGCAUAGCAUAGCAUAGCAUAGCAUAGCAUAGCAUAGCAUAGCAUAGCAUAGCAUAACGUGAACAAUGUUUUUAAUAUUUGGAAUUUAGUUUGUAAUUAUGAUUUAUUUUUCGUCAUGGACUGUACGGAUAAAUAUAUAGAGGCCAUGUUACACGAGCCAAUUUUCCUGCAACUAACAAUCUGAUUUAAAAAUACUCGUAGACGAAAUGAGAACCUGGCCUUUAUCUUCUCCACUUUUUCGUUACAUAAAAGAUGAAACGGCAGCAAGGGUAGCCGUUUUUCUGUGAUUACUUUUGUAGCUACAUAACAUGACCCUGAAAGUUGCAGGAAAAAUUGCUUCGUGUAACACAGGCAUGCAGUACCAAGAAAAUUGUAUGCAUGACAAAAGUAUUCCAUCUCUAUCACUAAUUAAAUGAUCAAUUUCUAAAGCUCUCAGCUAGGGGACCUGAUGAAUUCGGGACCAAAUUCGAGACCAAAUUCGGGACCAAAUUCGGAACCAAAACGGUUUUGGGGGGACGGUCCUCAAAACAGGAAAGAUUGUUUCAUUUUCCGAUUUUCAUAGCAUCUUCGAACAAUGGAUAGUGUUACACAACGUAUUAACGUCAUGAUGCUUGUGAUGUUACUCUGAGUGUAUAUCCACACCGGGCAAGCUUGAAAAAUAUGCCUGACCACGGUGGGAAUCGAACCUACGAAUCAACCAACACAAUCGCACCAACAAGAAUCGAACCAACACAGAAAAAUCAGUAUUAACGUUAGUUCUGCGUGUGAUUGAGUGUAUACUGAAAACAUGCAAACUCGUCAGUUCUUAUAAGAAUUCGUUUUGAGAUGACCGAGAAUACGGGAUACUGUAUAUAAAGAAAAAUCGAAACGCCGAAACAAACGAAAUUUAUGAUAAACCAUGCACAACAUGCCGGAAAAUUGCAAAACAACUUAUUUUUAAAUCAUCUAUUUUGUUGUGACUAAAGGCCAUGCAUGUUACAUGAGCCAGAGCGCUAUGUUGUCUAGAAAAGUAGUCGCAGGGAAAUUAUGAGCAUGACCUGGAUUCUACUCUGCCGACACUUUCUUUGCAUAACAUAUUCUUAAGGAAUGAAAAAUUAAAGAAAUGGAUGAAA